GGAUCGUCCAAGCUCAGAAGCUAUUGAGGCCCCGUUUAACACACGUCGAGCAGCAUCACCCAGAAAAAUGCCACCGCCGGUGACAACGGCCCGCGCCGUCGCAUAUGCACUCUCGAGGGUAACGCCACGACAUGGCGCCCGUCAGUUAUCAACAACGCGUAGCGCGCAGGGCAAGAGGCUAGCGGCUGCGCCCACCGCGAGACUCCAGUUCCAACAGCACAAACCGUUGCUGCAGAGGAGGUCGUACAAGACAGUGGAGGAGGCAAAGAGCCGGUACAGGUCAGGGCCAUUUUCGUGGAAGGCUGGUCUUCUCUUCGUCAUCACGGCCGCCGGCUUGGUGUGGUAUUUUCAGAGCGAAAAGGAGCGCAUGAAACGCAAGAGGAUAGCCGAGGCGACAAAGGGUGUGGGCCGGCCCAAGGUGGGCGGCCCGUUCGAGCUGAUCGAUCAGAACGGGAACAAGGUGACGGACAAGGACCUGCAGGGGCGUUAUUCUUUGGUCUACUUCGGCUUCACCCACUGCCCGGACAUCUGCCCUGACGAGCUGGACAAGAUGGCGAGGAUGUUCGACCUGGUUGAGGAGCAGCGCCCCGGCACGCUGCUACCCGUCUUUGUCACGUGCGAUCCGGCGCGCGACGGUCCCAAGGAGCUAAAGGAGUACUUGGUUGAGUUCCAUCCGAAGUUUAUCGGCCUGACGGGCACAUACGAGCAGAUCAAGGACAUGUGCAAGGCAUACCGCGUCUACUUCAGCACGCCUAGCGCUGUGAAGCCGGGGCAGGACUAUCUGGUGGACCACAGCAUUUACUUUUACCUGAUGGAUCCCGAAGGAGACUUCGUCGAGGCGCUGGGGAGGCAGCACUCGCCCGACCAGGCUGCCAAGAUCAUCCUGGAUCACAUGAAGGACUGGAAGGGAUCCUUGAAGACCAGCUGAGAAAGCAAGGGACCAUUUGCUGUAUGUGCCAGAUGUAUAGACAAGAAAUGGUCACUGCCUAUCUCCACUCACUUGACGGAUGUAUCCGCAACCCCCUAAAUCAAGUGCCACACUACCUAAGUAAUUACGG